AUGAGUCGUCUCGGCGAGCAGGCACUGCGCAGCGCCGCCAAGCGGUCGUUCGCGCGGCCUUCCCCAGCGUUUCCGCUCGCUUCCACUGCGCCGUUCUCGUCGGGUGCUUCGGCGCGCGCCGAGGGCCGUGAAGACGCCUCCGCCUCGAGCGCGCCGUCGCUGCUGCGGCGCCUGGGGCUGUGCGGUGCCGGCGCCGUCUUUCUCUUCGAGGCCUCGCGCCAAGAGAAGGAGAAGAGCGUCCCGCUCGCGCCAAAAGUGUCUUUCUCGCGGCUCUUCUCGCGAGACACGCGCGCUCAACAGCUCGCUGCACACGCCGGCGUCGCCGCAUGCGCCGGCAAAGUCCGCCAAGUCGACCUCGGCGCUGCAGACGACUUUGAGUGCGGCGGCGUCUACGAGGUCGCAGUUAACGGCGGAGUUGAGAAGAUCCUCUUGACCCGCACGGCCGCCGGCACGUUCUUCUGCACGGGCGCGAGCUGCAGUCACUACGGCGUCUCCCUGGCGAAAGGGGUCUUGACUGUUCGCGGCACGGUCACCUGUCCGCUGCAUGACGCGGAAUUCGACAUCAAAACUGGCAAAUGCGUCAACGGCCCCGGACUCAGCGCGAUACCGACUUACCCUGUGCAGGUGAAGGGCGGGCGCGUCGUCGCGGAUCUGCCAACUGAUAUUGCGGAAACCGCCGAGCCUAACUACGCAAAAACAAAGACGGGAAAAAAUGAAACGAUUGUCAUCCUCGGAGGCGGCGCCGCUGCGGGCGCAGCCGCCGAGACCCUGCGAACCGAAGGAUUUGACGGCCGAAUCGUGAUGAUCACCGCGGAGAAGUUUCCUCCUUACGACCGACCCAUGCUCACAAAGAAUCUCAACGCGCAGCCAGAGCAAGUCGAGUUGCGCUCGCUCAAGACGCUUCAGGAGGACUUGGAUAUCCAGGUGCUUGUCGCCACGCGCGCGACGGGGGUGGAUGUCAACAAGAAGAUCGUCAACCUCGAGGGAGCUCCCGACAUCAAGUUUGACAAGCUCUUGCUGUGCACUGGAAGCGACGCGCGGAAGCUGUCGAAUCUGCCAAACGUGGACGCGCGAGGCAUCUUCACGCUGCGCACGCUGGAAGAUCACCAGGAGCUGAACAAGUUCUACCAAGAGAGCAAAAAGCAGAACUCCGAGCCGCGCAUCGCAGUCGUCGGCUCUUCCUUCACGGGGCUGGAAGUCGCGUCCUCUUUCAAAGGCCGAUGCUCGAACGUGACGGUCAUCGGCAUGGAGAGCGUGCCGUUCGAGAGAGCUCUGGGCGCCCGCGUGGGCGAGAGCAUGAAGAACCUCAUCACCAGCAAAGGCGUUCGCUACUACCCGCGCUCCAGCGUCACUGGCUUCACGAAAAGCAGAGGUCGCGUGACAGGCGUCGAGCUCGCGAGCGGCGAAGUCGUACAGGCGGAUAUCGUCAUCAUCGGCGCAGGCUCUGUGCCUGCGACGCAGUUCUUGAAGAACGGCGACGCCUUGCCGCUCUGCAAAGACGGCUCAAUUAUCACCGACCCUCUCCUCAGAGUUCCCUCCUCGCCCGACGUUUUUGUCGCAGGCGACAUCGCCACGUAUCCUUACGUCAAAACGGGCGACUUGAUUCGCGUGGAGCACUGGGCUGUGGCGAUGCAGCAGGGCCGCGUCGCUGCGCUCAACAUGCUUGGGCGCCACGUCCCCUUCACACAAAUUCCUUUUUUCUGGUCGCGAGUUUUCGGGAAUAACAUGCGGUUCGCGGGGUGGAUUGGUGGCGGUUUUGACGAGGUGAUCAUUGAGGGCGACUUGGAGAAGCAUCAGUUCGUCGCCUACUACGUCAAGAAUGACAGGGUUCAAGCAGUCUGCGCCAUGAACCGAGACCCCGUGGCGGUCGCAGCGAUCGAGUUGCUGCAGCUGAACCUGAUGCCGACCCCCGGCGAGCUCCGCCAGGGCCUCAAGAACUCCCAGGAUAUCGUGGCUGUCGCAAAAGACCUUGCGGCCGGGAAGAUUGUGAAGCGCGUCGCCUGA